GUUCUUAUCAACCCAAGAUCCUCUCGCCAAAGGAACUUCCCAUACGUGCAAAAAUAACUUUAUAUCAAUAGUAUUAUUAUAGCACAUUUCUACCUCCUCUCAAAUAAGCUUUGAUACUGUCCUCAUGAGUUCUCAGGAGGAUGAAGAGGAGCCCAUCGUUGAAUACGCUCGUUUCCACGGGCUUUCCAUCGACCCUCUUCGAGAUCCACCACCACUAUCACAUAUCGAGAGUCUCUUUCAGACCUAUGAGAAAGAUAUAUCAGAUGGUUUUCACCUUUCCCAAAUCAACUAUCGGCCUAUCCUUCCAACCGACGAGCGUCUCACAAUUGACAAGGGCGCCGAAAUACUACUUGCCGGCGCAAAUGGAGUGUUUCUUGACCAAGGCACCAUGGAUAAGAUCACCGCUGCAGCUUCAGUCAGACCAAGGCGGCAGAAACUGAAGCUGGAACUACCUCUGUUAAGGACGGAUCCUGAUGCAGAUCUUGCAGCUUUCAGGCAACGACAGAAUCCAUGCAUCAGUGACGAAAGUUUCAUAUAUGAACCGCUUGACAUUGAGAAAGAUGAAGGCAUCAAAUGGCCGUCAAGAUUUGCAAACUUGCCAAAUUCUCUUACGAAAGAUUGCAGAAUGGAAAAAAUUACUGUGACGAGAGACACUAUGGUUUACCUGCAGACAGCUUUGAAAGACAACUGGUCCAAGGAGGACACAAAGGAUCUGCUUGCUUCCCAGUCUUCUUACAAACGGAACCCAGCUCUUGCUCCAGUCACACCUCCAUUGUCUCCUCUACGCUGGGGCACACCUGAGCCGUUCCAGCCAUCUUCACCAACCUGCCAUCUCCCGUUACUCUCCGAUCCUCCGUCGCUACUUGGAGCGGACCUGGAAGCGGCCGAAAGGGCCAUUUUUGAAAACGAUGAACUCCUCUCAGUUAAGGAAGAAUCGAGCGAUUACAACGACCCAAUUGAACAUCACCAGGAGCAGCGCUAUAAUCAGAGAAAUACAUAUUUCGAAACUCCAUCUCUCCUUUCCGAUGAACUCUUUCCAGUUCACGAGCACCAAACAUCCCAUGACCUCAAAGUUGAAGCCCCGCUGACGCCACCAUUACCAUUGGUAAAAACCGUCACAUUCAGCGACACCGUGGAGGAAAUGCUGUUUGAUCAGGACUACCCGGGCUUCACUUCAUCCGCCAAUGAGUCGGGGGAUGAAGACUCGUUUUUCAUGGACCACACAUUGUAUGACACUUUUAAAGAGGCAUAUAACAUAGAAAAUAGCAGGCUUGACAAAGAGCAGCUGCAAGAAGCUGCGACAACAGGCAGGGUAGAAGUGCCCAUCUUGGACUUCACUGCACCGAAUACACCUUGGGAUGUCUCAAAGAUCAGCAGCUUCAACAAAAGCCUAUCUCAGCCCCGAGAGAUAUUGAAAUUAAUAUUUAAAGAGAUCGAGCUCCCAGAUCGCCCAAAAGUCUUGCGGAAGCUAAAUCACACUGUCCACUGGACAGUUUUCCCAUCAGGUCUUGCCGAAGUUGCUUUGACUGAGGAGUUCGGAAACGAAGACGUUCUCUUGGAGUACAUCAAUCCAGCGAUGGACACCGGUGUUACCAGCAGUAAAAGCCUUACAUACAAAGCACCAGGAAUAAGAAUCCUGAGAGAGGAUGACGAUGAGGAUGAUGAGGACUUAGAAGCUGGCGUGUUCUUAUCUGAAGAGCUGGAUAUGGCUUCACUGGUCAAGAAAAGAAAGCUGGAGCUUGGAGAGAUGGGAGAAAAUGGAACCCAAGAAAACAUCCAAGAAUCGGGAAACUCUACGAUGCAUUAUGCAGCAAACAGACAUUCCCAGAAACUCACGCCAAGAACCGUAGCUGAUUCCGACACAGUCAACAAGGGGCAUGGCGACAGUGGAUAUGGAGAGACACUUAUAGGCGAUGUAUUCUCAGCAACAACGGCCCUAGACAAUUUUAUGGAGAUGAGAGGAACGAAGAGGCACAAGCCCGCAGACAGCACCACCUCCUAUUUCUCCACCCCCAAGGCAGUUCCUACCAACAAUUCCGCACCUCUGCCUAUCCCACCGCCAGUCGUCGCCAGCUCUCGUCUCACAAAAGCAGACAUUCCACUGCCAUUAUCAAACAUCACUAUCCCAACUGAGCCAACCCAAUACAUAAUCUCAACGGAUCUUCUCAAGCAACGCCCCUUAUUCAGCGCCAUCAAAUCCUUAAUUCCAACAGCUCAGUUCAUCGAGAGGAAUUUCAACAGAUACAACACAACAGCAUGGCUCAGACAAGGUACCAUCACACGGUCUCCAGUCAGAAGUCCUCUUGCCGCUGAAGCAGAUCUUGUUCUCUCUCCGUCGACGGGUGUGGUGCUAACAACCCUCAUGAAAAUCAAGCAGAAGCCACUGCCGGGCCAGAAAGAGAAGUCUGAGAUCAAGAGCAGGGUUGAAGCGGUCUGUAUGAGGUAUGAAAGGUUUUUGGUCUUUAUCAGUGAAGCAUCGCCUGACGAGAGCUCGGUUGCCGUUUUAGGUGGUCAAGAAUGUAUGGCGAUGGCUGAUUUUAUGGGAUUCUGUGCUUCGUUACCAUGUACAGUCAUCGCAUAUUUCGUGCCUGGCGGGCAUGAGACGCUGGCAAACUGGGUCGUCGCAGGUAUGAUUCGAUACGGCGCAACCGGCUCCAAUACCCGUGGUUUGCUUGAGGAUGAAACGCAAUGGGAAGUCUUCUUAAGGCGAUGUGGCAUGAAUCCAUAUGCCGCGCAAGCGGUGGUCUCGUCUUUGAAGGCACCAGAGGGCGUGCAUCCGAGUAGGCGUGGCAUGUUCGGGAUCAGUGCAUUUGUUGGGAUGGGCCACAGUGAGAGAAUACGCAUGUUUAGCCCUGUCCUUGAUGGUGAGAGGGUUCUUGGCAGGGUGUCUAGUAUCAUUGAUGCUCGGUGGAGACAUGACACGCCCUGAUAGCAUUGGUUUGGGAGGAAUAUUGGCGAAUGUAGCUUCGCUGCUUUGCGAGAAUCCAUUUGGUAACAUGUAUCGGUGCUGAUAGCAAGUGGCCAUGAG